AUGCCCGGUCAAAUCGCAUCCCCAGUUCCCAUCACACCCCCGCGCAAGGGCGUGCGACUGGUCACAUCCGACGCCCUCUUCGCUAGUCUGAACGAGACGCUGGCCUCGCGUGACAACAGGCCUUCGACCCCGGUGCGCAGCAUCAAGGACAGAGACUGGGACGUUCCAGCACCCCCUCCGCCAAGUCCCGUCAGUUUCCAUCCCGAUCAGUGGCGAAGCUCGAUACGUCGCUGA